GCUGCCCAGGGUCACGUGCUGGGGGUAGCGGGACGGCGUCGUUCUUCUUUCUAGGACCCACCCCCCCCCGUCCGCCAUGUUUUCAGGCCGGGUCUACCUUGGUCUUUCCCCGUAAGGAAAUGGCCGAGGAGCUUCAGGGAACCCAGGCGCCGUUGCGUCGGCGGAGCCCGGGCUGACGGGAUAGGGCAGCGGGGCAAACCGGAGCAGUUCUGCGCGGGGUGGGGAGGCCAUGGCGUCCAGCAGUAACUGGCUGUCCGGGGUGAAUGUCGUGCUGGUGAUGGCCUACGGGAGCCUGGUGUUUGUACUGCUAUUUAUUUUUGUGAAGAGGCAAAUCAUGCGCUUUGCAAUGAAAUCUCGAAGGGGACCUCAUGUCCCUGUGGGACACAAUGCCCCCAAGGACUUGAAAGAGGAGAUUGAUAUCCGACUAUCCAGAGUUCAAGAUAUCAAGUAUGAACCUCAGCUUCUUGCAGAUGAUGAUACAAGACUACUACAACUGGAAACCCAAGGAAAUCAGAAUUGCUACAACUAUCUCUACAGGAUGAAAGCUCUAGAUGCCAUCCGUGCUUCUGAGAUCCCAUUUCAUGCUGAAGGCCGGCAUCCCCGUUCCUUAAUGGGCAAGAAUUUCCGCUCCUAUUUGCUAGAUCUUCGAAACACUAGUACUCCUUUCAAGGGUGUGCGCAAGGCCCUCAUUGAUACCCUGCUGGAUGGCUAUGAGACAGCUCGCUAUGGGACUGGGGUUUUCGGCCAGAAUGAGUACCUGCGCUAUCAGGAGGCCCUGAGUGAGCUGGCCACAGUGGUCAAAGCACGAAGUGGGAGCUCUCAGCGACAACACCAGUCAGCAGCCAAAGACCUAACCCAGUCUCCUGAAGUCUCUCCAACAACCAUUCAGGUGACAUACCUCCCCUCCAGUCAGAAGAGUAAACGUGCCAAGCACUUCCUUGAAUUGAAGAGCUUUAAGGACAACUAUAACACAUUGGAGAGUACUCUGUGAUGAAGCUGAAGGACUCUUGCUGUUGAUAGAGCCAGACAGAUAACAGUGUGCUUGCUGGGCAAUCCCAGGUCAUCUGGCCCAGACACCCAGACUGGAUCAGCUGAAGCUCUGUGUCCAGAGCUCUUAGAGAAUAGUUCUCCAACCCUUUCUUAUGGCCAGUCUCAAAACCUCGGUUAUGACUUUAUUUUCCCCUGGUAGCAGUUUUUUCUGGAAUUAAAUUCAGGUGUUUUUCUUACUGUUCUGUCAAUUAUAUUGUCAUAAUUGUUCUUUUAUUUAAUGAUUUCACUUGAUUUUGAUCAUAAUUCAACUGCCCUUUUCUGAUCUGUCAAUAUAAGUAAUCCCAAAGGUGAGAGUUGGGAUAAGGGGGCUUGGUGUCUUCUGUACAUACUGCUUUGUAUCCAGUUGAAUGGGAAUUUGGGUUUGGGACAGAAACUGGUAGGGCGAUGAGGAGGUAUGUGAGGCCCUGGUUGGAAUGUGGAACAACUGACCCCAGUAAACCAGGUUGUUUUGAAACAGUAACACAAUUUCUCUGAUCUACAAGUUUCUGCCCUUCCACUUUUAAUCCCCUACUGUUAUGAAUACAUUGAAGAGGGAAUAUUUUGUAUACCUGGCAUAAUCCCAACCCCCUUGUUUGUUGAGGAUGCUGUGGGCCAGUGUGAAGGAACGGUCGAAUCAAUGUACUGGUCUGACUUUAUAAAUUAUUUAAUAAAAUGAACAAUGAAGAAAUAAAGCUUAUGACUCAUC